UGCCCACAACCAAGAUGGCUGCGGGGAGGGCGGAAGUGUCCGCACGCCGGGCCUCCGAGGCUUCUCUUUCUCCCCUGGCGGUCCCGCUCUCUAUGGUGGCGUGACGGGGGCGGGGGUGGCGGCGCGUUCUCCUCGGUUGGGAGGGAACCAGCCCGCGAACCCAGGCCGGGAGGGGGGUUCGGCCUGGGGGGGAAGGGACUGACAUGUCUCUCGAAGACCCCUUUUUUGUAGUCCGAGGCGAGGUGCAGAAGGCGGUGAACACGGCCCGCGGGCUGUACCAGCGCUGGUGCGAGCUCCUGCAGGAAAGCGCGGCGGUCGGACGCGAGGAGCUGGACUGGACGACCAAUGAGCUGCGGAAUGGCCUGCGCAGCAUCGAGUGGGACCUCGAGGACCUGGAAGAGACCAUCGGUAUAGUGGAAGCCAACCCAGGCAAGUUCAAGCUCCCAGCCGGGGACCUGCAGGAGAGAAAGGUGUUCGUGGAGCGGAUGCGAGAGGCAGUCCAGGAAAUGAAGGACCAUAUGGUCAGCCCAACAGCCGUAGCAUUUUUGGAGAGGAAUAACAGAGAGAUACUCACAGGCAAGCCAGCUGCCCAGAAGUCACCCAGCGACCUGCUGGAUGCCAGCGCAGUCUCGGCCACAUCUCGCUACAUCGAGGAGCAGCAGGCCACACAGCAGCUGAUCAUGGAUGAACAGGAUCAACAGCUGGAGAUGGUGUCUGGGAGCAUCCAGGUUCUGAAGCACAUGUCCGGCCGCGUUGGGGAAGAGCUGGACGAGCAGGGCAUCAUGCUGGAUGCGUUCGCCCAAGAGAUGGACCACACCCAGUCCCGCAUGGACGGGGUCCUCAGGAAGUUGGCCAAAGUAUCCCACAUGACGAGUGACCGCCGACAGUGGUGUGCCAUCGCCGUGCUAGUGGGGGUGCUUCUCCUCGUUCUCAUCUUACUAUUCUCUCUCUGACCCCAGCCCUCCCUGGCAGGCUGGUCCCUUAAGCCUGGGGAGCCACCAAGCACUUUGGAGCUGGCCUCGCCCCCUAGCAGGAGAGGGUCCCUCCUGGGUAGCUGGAGAGUAGAGGGUCCCGCCUGGGGAGCUGCCCCCAUGGCUCUCCCCUAGAGCCAGUGGGACCCUUCAGGACCCUGGGCCGGAACCACCACCACUGGUCCUGUCUCAAGUGCACUUAGGGGGUGGUGGAGGCAGGGACACCUGAGAUACACCCGUCUCCAUUUCCAGUUCCAGGACUCCAAAGCCAUUUGCCCCUGUGCCUUAUACACGUGCCAACCUGGAAAUAAAAUGUCAGCCUUUUUUAUACGUA